CGUCCGCGGAGUCGCGUGCGGGGGUUAGUUACUGCGCUGCAGAGCCUCCGGACGGCGCUCUGCUGCGGUCGUCGUACCUCUCCGAGCGACUCGGUGUGUCAGUCAGUCUGUCGCCGGCGCCGCGCACGAACAAUGGUGGGCUGGGAAUGCGCGCCUCGCGCCGGCGGAGUCUGACGGAGCUCGCGCGUCGGGCGACGGACGGGGGGGAGCAGCGGCGCGCGGGACGGGAGGGAGCCCCCCGGCUGGCACUUGGGGCGACAUGGAAAACCCGAGCGAGAACCCGAGCAAGGCUGCGGAGUACCUGAACGAGCUGAACAAGAUCAUCGACACGCAGCAGGAGUUACUGGAGAAGCAGAGGAGUCGCAUCGAGGAGCUCGAGCAGCAAGUGGCCAAGCUGUGCGAGGAGAACGCGUGUCUGCUGGAGCAGCACGAGCGGCACCUGGCCAGCUGCAGGCUGCAGCACGGCAACGGCCCCGGCGCGCUCCGGGCCAUCCAGGAGAACGUGAUCCACGAGAAGUCUGAAUGUGAAGGCUCAAGAAUGGUCAGGCGACACGCCUCUCUCCCCAUCGAUGUCACUGAGAACCACAGCGCCAUCCUUUCCUCCAUGUGCAGGAGGAACUACCCCUGCCGCAAGUGGAAGUCUGCCUCUUUCGGCGUGGAAGGCGAUGUUCCAGGUGGUGAGGUGGGCCCCUCUGUAGACAGCGGCUAUGGCCGGGGCCCCGUGACACACACCUCCGCCCUCAGCCCGGACCGCUUUGACGGCCCGCUCUACGCGUACCCGGGUGCCAGCGGCCAACAGCGGCCACGCCACCCCAAGCUCCAACACUCCCAGUCCAUUCUGCGCAAGCAGGCCGAGGAGGAGGCCAUCAAGCGCUCCCGCUCGCUGUCCGAGAGCUACGAGCUCUCCACGGACCUGCAGGACAAGCAGGUUGAGAUGCUCGAGCGUAAGUAUGGGGGGCGUUUCAUAACCCGCCAUGCUGCUCGCACCAUCCAGACUGCAUUCCGCCAGUACCAGAUGAACAAGAAUUUUGAACGGCUUCGUAGUUCUAUGUCGGAGAACCGCAUGUCUCGGCGGAUCGUCCUGUCCAAUAUGAGAAUGCAGUUUUCCUUUGAAGGACCCGAAAAAGUCCACAGCUCGUACUUUGAGGGCAAGCAAGUCUCCUUGAGGGAUGAUGGCUCUGAAAUGGGGGCUCUGGCGCCAUCUGAGCGGGGGGACAUGGUGGUUCCUGCGAACUUGAAGACCCCCGAGGCGCAGAGUGACUUUUCGGACGCCAUAACCGAGCUGGAGGACGCUUUUUCCAGGCAGGUAAAGUCGCUGGCGGAGUCCAUCGACGACGCCCUGAACUGCCGCAGUCUUCAUGGAGAGGAGGAACAGGUCGAGCAGGUCAGGGGUCACCCGGAUCUGGAGAGGGAAGUGGCCUACCAGGUAAAGCCCUCUCACAGUGCAGAUCAUCAGCAGCUGGAUGAAAUGACAGCCUCCUAUAGUGAUGUGACCCUCUAUAUCGACGAGGAGGAGCUCUCUCCCCCCCUUCCGCUUUCCCAGUCGGUAGAGCGGCCCUCCAGCACCGAGUCGGACCUGCGUCUCCGCUCUAAGGAGUGCUGGUCUUUGGUACACAAGGAUGACAGGGGCGACACGGACACCAGCUGCCGCAGCACCCCGUCUCUGGAGUGCCAGGAGCAGAGACUCCGGGUGGAACACCUGCCGCUGUUGACCAUAGAGCCACCUAGCGACAGCUCAGCGGAGCUUAGCGACCGCUCCGACCGCGGUUCAGUAAAGAGGCAGAGUGCGUACGAGCGAACCAUGGUAGGCCCACAGGGCAGCCCCAAGCACGUGAGCCACGUGCUUCCACAGCGCAUCCCCUCGCGGGACGAAGACCUGCCGCGGCACCGGCCCCGACCCCUGGAAGCCCACCUGGCCCUCAACGGCACCGCUAACCGGCAAAGCAAGUCCGAGUCCGACUUCUCCGAUGGGGACAACGACAGCGUCAACAGCACGUCCAACUCCAACGACACCAUCAACUGCAGCUCCGAGUCAUCGUCUCGCGACAGCUUGCGGGAACAGACCCUCAGCAAGCAGACCUACCAUAAGGAGACACGCAACAGCUGGGACUCACCCGCCUUCAGCAACGACGUCAUCCGCAAGAGGCACUACCGCAUCGGCCUCAACCUCUUCAACAAGAAGCCGGAGAAGGGCAUCCAGUACCUGACGGAGAGGGGAUUCGUUCCCGACACACCUGUGGGCGUGGCUCACUUCCUUCUUCAGAGGAAGGGCUUAAGCCGACAGAUGAUUGGAGAGUUUCUGGGAAACCGUCAGAAGCAGUUCAACAGAGAUGUCUUAGACUGUGUGGUGGACGAGAUGGAUUUCUCAGGAAUGGAGCUGGAUGAGGCCCUCAGGAAGUUCCAGGCCCAUAUUCGAGUUCAGGGGGAGGCCCAAAAGGUGGAACGUCUCAUAGAGGCUUUCAGCCAGCGGUACUGCAUCUGCAACCCAUCAGUGGUGCGGCAGUUCAGAAACCCAGAUACCAUCUUCAUCCUGGCCUUCGCCAUAAUCCUCCUCAACACCGACAUGUACAGCCCCAACGUCAAACCGGAGCGCAAAAUGAAGCUGGAGGACUUUGUCAAGAACCUAAGAGGAGUGGACGAUGGCGAGGACAUCCCACGGGAAAUGCUGAUUGGGAUCUAUGAAAGGAUCCAGAAGCGGGAGCUGAAGACCAAUGAGGACCACGUGUCCCAAGUGCAGAAGGUGGAGAAGCUCAUAGUGGGCAAGAAGCCGAUUGGAUCUCUGCAUCACGGCCUUGGAUGCGUGCUGUCUUUGCCCCACCGCAGACUGGUCUGCUACUGCAGGCUUUUCGAGGUGCCGGACCCCAACAAGCUGCAGAAGCUCGGCCUACAUCAGAGGGAGAUCUUCCUCUUCAACGACCUUCUCGUGGUAACCAAGAUCUUCCAGAAAAAGAAGAACUCGGUAACAUACAGCUUCCGACAGUCUUUCUCCCUGUAUGGGAUGCAGGUGCUUCUCUUUGAGAACCAGUACUACCCCAACGGAAUAAGGCUUACCUCAGCUGUCCCUGGAUCAGACGUGAAAGUCCUCAUCAACUUCAACGCCCCCAAUCCCCAGGAUCGCAAGAAGUUCACGGAUGACUUGCGGGAGUCCAUUGCAGAGGUCCAGGAGAUGGAGAAGUACAGAAUAGAGUCGGAGCUGGAAAAGCAGAAGGGUGUGGUCCGGCCCAGCAUGUCCCAGAGCUCAGGCCUCAAGAAGGAAUCGGGCAAUGGGAACAUGAGUCGUGGCAGCCUGGAUGACACCUACGCCAUGGGUGAAGGCCUGAAAAGGAGCGCCCUCAGCAGCUCUCUGCGGGACCUCUCAGAAGCAGGCAAGCGAGGGCGCCGCAGCAGUGCAGGAUCACUAGACAGCAAUAUGGAAGGCUCCAUCAUUAACAGUCCCCACGUGCGCCAGAGAGCCGUGUCCUCCCGGGACGGCGCGCCGCGCGGCCACCCGUCCGUCCCCAACCCCUCGUCUUCGCUCCUGGGGACGCUCUUCGGCAGCCGACGGGGGAAGCCUCCCUCCUCCUCGUCACACGGCCACUCGCAUCACGCCGGGCUCCAGCCUCCCACCCUGAUCUCUCACACACCGCACCACAGCAGCCAGGCAGAGUCCCACUCCCACCACCCCCAGUUCUGCCAUGCUCAGAAGCCCCCGCCCUACCACCACCACCAUCACUACCACCCCCCUCACCAGUACCACCAGCACCCGCCCUAUGUCCCUCACACGCACGUCCAGCACAGCCACGGCGCCCACUCCCAGCAUGCACCUCACCACCACAGCCAGCUGUCAGGCCCCAUACCAACAGGGGGCAGCAAAGCCAAACACAGUGGCAUCAGUACCGUGGUGUAAGGCCCUGCAGAGAGG